CUGCAGCGUUUGGAACUACAAUCCCAAGAGUCAUGGCGGCUGUCUUGGACUAGGGUGUUUUGUGGGUCAGGCUUGAGGCCCGAGUGCUCGUCGCAAUCCGGUUUAAAAUCCAGGAUUUGUCGGGAUCUGCUUUCCUCACUCACAGAACGCGAGAAAUGGCAGCCAAAGAAAUUUUGCAGUUAGAUCUGUACUCGCUAUUGGGUGUCAGUGACGACGCUACUGGCAAAGAGAUCAAGCUUGAGGAUGGGUAUAAGAGGCAUUCACCACAGAAAUGGACCCUACAACCCAACAUGUCCAUGCUGAUCAUCAGAUAAAGAAAGCUUACAGACAGAAGGCUUUGAAAUGCCACCCUGACAAGAACCCAGACAAUCCCAAAGCAGUGGAAUUGUUCCAUCAGUUAUCACAGGCUCUGGAAGUUCUCACAAAUGCAGCAGCAAAGGCAGCCUAUGACCAAAUUAGAAAAGCCAAAAAGCGAGCAGCAGAAAGAGAUCGAAAACUCGACAGCAAAAGAAAGAAAGUAAAGCAUGACUUGGAGGCUCGUGAGCGGGAAGCCCGGCUCAUUGAGGAAGAAGAUAUUAAGAUUGCAAAGAAUUUCGAUGAAGUGAUUGCAAAACUCAGGGAGGAGGGCUCCAGAAAUUUACAGGAACAGCAGAGGCUCAUCAAAGAACAGAUAAUGCUGGAAAGAGAGCAGAGGUUGAGAGGUUCUGAUGUCCAAACAGAUUCCAAAAACAAAUCGACCCCAAAACUGAAACUGAAAUGGAAGUGUAACAAGGAUGAUGAAUUAAAUGGUGGUUAUUCUCACGAAUUUCUCCUAUCAAUUUUGCAAAAGUAUGGCGAAGUUUUAAACUUGAUUAUAUCCAAUAAAAAGAAAGGCAGUGCUAUAGUGGAAUUUUCCUCAACUAAGACCGCUGAGCUGGCUUUCAAGAAUGAGACUGGUUUAAUAAAUAACCCCUUGAAGAUUUCCUGGCUGGAAGGGCAGCCCCCUACAAGCAACACAAACAACCCAGCAAACAUCUCGUCGUCUUUUGUGGAAAGCAGUACACACAGUCCAUUACAGAACACUGCUCGGACUGAACGGGAUUAUGAAAGUCUAGUGAUGAUGCGGAUGCGACAGGCAGCAGAAAGGCAGCGUCUCAUUGAAGAGCUUCAGAAAGAUGAUGAUUAAACAUGCUGCAGGACUGUGCUUUACACAUUAGUUUCACCGGAAAUAAACUUUUUUUUCAUGAAUCUUUAUCGUGACUCUGUGUCAGUGCCUGGAAGUAAUUCUAUGGGCAGUUGGGUGGCACUUUAAGGAGCGAUGUCAGCUGCUGAUUUCUCACAUACAUGAUUGUUGAGCUCAGUAGCAAGCCUCACUGAAGUGAAAAUGCCUCUGCAGAAAAUUGCUCCUAUCCAGCUUUCCUCGUUGCUACCUAUCUGCUUUCAGACAGUCAUUAAAACAAGACAUUUUUUAAGAGUUAAACUAGAUGCCAAAAGAACAUUCAAAAAGCAAUUUGUGAAAAAUUAAGACUACAUUUAAUGUUACCGGAGGUAAUAAGAAGAAUUGGAACAUUCUUCUCAGUACCAGUGUACUAAAUACAUCCACUGACAGCAGGGAUUAAGAUUUGUAUGGAUUGCAUAAACUUAGAAAAUGCAUAUGGAUAUUAGGACAAUCAAUAGACUAUCACACAAACAUUUCAAAUAAAGUAUUUUAUUUAU